GGGCUUUCCCUCUUCCCCCCCCUCCCCACAGCCGGGCUUGGCUCACCAGUAACGCUGGGACUGUGCGACUGUCCCAGCCCCGAGCCCUUUCCUCACGUGCCCCGUAACACCCACAAACACGAGACCCUCGGGGAGGGGGGGGACACACCCCCCUCAUUGAUGGGGACACCCCUUUGCCACACACCGUCCCCCCAGUUUACACUGGGAAGGGCGUUUAACCUCACUGGGAUCUGCAGCAUGACCGACUGGGAGACGGCCCCCGCCGUCACCGAGACCCCGGACAUCAAACUCUUCGGCAAAUGGAGCACUGACGACGUGCAGAUCAACGACAUCUCCCUCCAGGAUUACAUCGCUGUGAAGGAAAAAUAUGCCAAGUACCUGCCCCACAGCGCCGGGCGUUACGCGGCCAAGCGUUUUCGUAAAGCCCAGUGCCCCAUCGUCGAGCGACUCACCAAUUCCAUGAUGAUGCACGGCCGGAACAACGGCAAGAAAUUAAUGACCGUGCGCAUCGUUAAGCACGCCUUCGAGAUCAUCCAUCUGCUCACCGGGGAGAACCCCCUGCAAGUCCUGGUUAACGCCAUCAUUAACUCCGGACCCCGCGAGGACUCGACCCGCAUCGGCCGCGCCGGCACCGUCCGUAGGCAGGCUGUAGACGUGUCCCCGCUGCGCCGCGUCAACCAGGCCAUCUGGCUGUUGUGCACCGGAGCUCGCGAAGCCGCUUUCCGCAACAUCAAAACCAUCGCCGAGUGUUUGGCCGACGAACUCAUCAACGCUGCCAAGGGCUCUUCCAACUCCUACGCCAUCAAGAAGAAGGACGAGCUGGAACGUGUGGCCAAGUCCAACCGUUAAAAAGCCACCGUUGUCCCCCCCCCCCCCAAAUAAAAUUCACUUUCUCUGUA